AUGCUUAUCGGUGAAAUAUCAGUUUUUUAUUAUCCGUUAAUCGUCUUGAUAGGGUUGUACUUGGGAAUCUUAUUUAUUAUAAAUAAGAUUCCUAAUAUAACCGUCAAGGCAUUGGGAUGGUUGGCUAUUAAACAUGUUACUAUAGGAACAAAUGGGGGUGAAAUUUAUAUACGGAAAGUUAAGUUUACAAUUAAUGCAUUCAGAAGCAGAGAUUCUCCGUUGAAAUUAUUUAACCUUGAGCUCUAUGACAUGGAAAUAAGGGCAAUUGAAUUAGCUCCGGAAGUACAUGAGAAGGAUGAAAGAACUAGUGGAAAUAGUAUGUCUGAGUCAGAUAUUUCAAAAAUUUUGACAUUUUGCAUACCGAACAGAUUAUACGAAAUACUCUUCAAACGAAGAAUACUCAAUCGUUUUAAUUUACAUCUUUAUAGAACAGCGAUAUACGUCCAAGGGAUGGAUGAUCUGAUAAAAGCAUUCUUUGAUUAUGCCAGACUUGAAAGUAUCUUUGGUUUGGAAGAGAAGAGUCGAUUCGUGAUAACGAUUAUCAAUGGUUAUGUUCAAAAGAAGGAGCUGUCGGGUGAAUUGAACCAUUACAAAUUUAUUAGGAAUGUGGAGUUUUGUAUUACUUGCGAUACGAUCUUGAGUUGCAUGAAUGAUGUGCCCAACAAAUUGUCUCUAAAAGUUGGAAAUUUUGAUCUUUCAUUAUCAUUAGGAAAGAUGUCAUUGCCCAUAGAUACAUUAAUGCUAUUCAAAAAGGAAUUUGGAAAUGAUAAGCGACAAUCAAACAUACUGAAAAAUAGCGAGAUACUUCAAUUCAGUGAAUGUUUCUUCGAGAUUUUCUCAAGUUUAGAUAUUAAAUUAGAGGAUUUUAAUAUGACAUAUCGAGACAUUAAGUUUCAAGUUGCAAAUUUUCAAACAUUAAUAACCAAUAAGCAUAUUUUACGCUUCGAUGACAAAACUCUUAUGGAUUUACUGUUUUUUUUAACAUCAUAUAAAUUAUUUCAUAAAGGUGACAAAUCAAUUGAAAUUCCUUCAGCUGCUUUGGAAUGUACUUUUGAGCCAAUGGAGCUUCUUGAAAUACUUUUGGAGAUUAGUGAGGGAACAAUUGAUUCGCUUCAAGCAAAUAAAAAAUUGAAUAUUGAAUCAUCAUUAACUAUUACAAAGCCUAGUAUUGACGUUUACUAUGAUCAAAUGGACUUAUUAUUCAAAUCUCAUAUUCUACAUAAAGAGGAUGGCGUCAAAUCUAAAAAUACGCUCGAUCUACAUAGUAUCUUGGGUAAUAUUCGAAAAGUAUCGAAUAAGAUUCUUAUUGUUGACACAACUGUUAAUUUUCAUUUACCGAAGCUUGGCAGCGAUGAAUUUCACAGAGGUUCAAUUCUGAAUAUUAUUGUAUCAUGUACUUUGUUAUCAUUUUAUCAUAAAUUUUUUACGAAAAGUUUAAAAAAUCGUAUUUCUAAAGAAUUAAAAGGGCCACAUAAAUUCAAUAUUGAUGGAUAUUUCAAACUAAAAGCCUUGAAGUUCAACGUGGUUGAUAAUCUUAUUCAAUUGUCAAAAGCUAAUUUAUUGAUUUCUUAUAGUCUUUUAGAAAGACAAAUAGCUAUCAAGCUUAUUAACAAGGAUGUUAAGUUAAAAUCUAUCAAUGAUAUCAUAUUUCAUUUAGUUCGAAAGUACCGAAACCAGAUCAUUGAGAAUCAAAAUAGAACAUUUGCAUCUUUGAACCAGAGUAUUGAAAGAAGAAAGCUGUCACAUAAAAUUGAAUCUGAAAAAGUGAAUAAAGUAAACUAUUUGGAAUUAUUUAAAAUUUUACCGUCAUUUAUUUCAUCGUUUAAAUUUACCAGUGCAAAUAUUCAAGCUGAUAUUGCUUGUAAAGAUGGAUUACCAAAUCACAUCGUGUUUGAAGAAUUCCUUCAGAAGGAAAUAAAUUUGGGCGAUUUCAGAAGAGGUAUUUCUAUUAAAUUAAAUGACAUAGAGUUUUCAUACAAGCGUUUAAAGGAAGAAAUCUCAUCUUCUGUACGUUCUGUUCAAUGUUUUACGGUAAGCGAAUAUGCUAACGAGUUAGACGUGGACUCUGAUGUUGAUGAUUACAAUUCCAGUGAUGCUGAUUUCAGUGACUUGUCAAGUUUGAGAUCAGAGGAUUCUAUGAAUAUAGACACAGAAGAAAUUAAAAGAGUAAAAAGAGUUUUAAAUAUUAGUGACAUUUUAAUCAGGAACUUUUGUGCCGACAAAGAAAAUGAGAAAGAGAGAGAUACCAAUAAUCUACAUCUUCACAUUUCAACUAUUGAUGGUAACUUAGAUAUAUUCUUAGUAUGGUGUUCUUUCUAUGCCCUGAGCUUGGUUAGAUAUUUUGCUCCAACAGUUCAAAAAGAUUACACGAAAGAGGAAAUAUCUGAAAUUGAAGGACCAUCAAGAAAGUUAAAGCUUGACAUUUUAAUCGAUUCCACCGCUAUUCGUACAAGGUUACCAAACAAUGUCGAUAUUCUUUUGGAGUUUGAUACUGUGAAAAUGAAAAACAUAUUUAUUGCAAAAGCUGCAAACUUUAAUUUUGCUAGACUUUAUGUUGUUCAUCCAAGUACAAAAUUAUGGACAAGGCUAUUGAUAGUAAAAGAAUCUAUAUUUAGGUACAACAGUGUUAUUAUUGAUGAUCAAGGAGAAUUUGAAAGUAUUGCCGAAAGUAUUAGAUUAAAUAUCCCACACCAGUUCCUUUUCUAUACAGUGAUUGAUAACAUAAUUACAUUCGUUAAAGCAGUUAAACAAAUCGGGUAUAAUUUCGAUCAUUUAUAUUACAAAAUUGAUGAUUUUAAACGUAUUAUGCCCCAUGAAAAGCGUACGAAUAACAUCCCAAAGGUAGUUGUAAAGUCAAAAAUUUUUGGUAUUACAUUGGAGAACGAUUUAUUUGAAAAUGAGCUUUCAUAUAUUUAUGAAUUAGGAUUAAUUGAGCAAAAGCAAAGACUAAAAAAAUUAAAGCUAUUUGAAGCAAGAGUGGAAGAUAUAAUAGCCAACACGAAACCAACCAUGGAUGAGAAAGUUAAAUUGACUAAUCAAGACCCCGCUCCACGUAAAUUUGUUUCAUCCACUGGAGGGUUUUCGCCUAAUCCAAAAGCAAAUAGCCCUCUUAGGAAGGUUUUCAGUGAAUCUGGAUUUCACCUGCGUUCACACCUGCAUUUGCACACCCUCAGGGAUAAAUUUCAUAGGCAGAAGAAGGAAAAUGUCUCCAAUUUUGAAGAAGAUGAUCAAGCAUACCAGUAUACAACUGACCAAGAUGCAUAUUUAAAAAUAAAAGAUGCUCAAGAAACUCUUAAUAAGCAGUUUGCAACCUCAUGGAUUAAGAAAUAUAAAAAAUUUCGUAAUUUUAAAAUUCACACUUGGAGUAAAAGGGCUAUUAGUGCUUGGGGUGAAGAACGCAUUCACCCUAGGAUUGCUGAAAAAUUUAAUAUUCUAAGUUAUGCAUCAGGUCCACAUAUGAUGUGUGGUUACUUUAAGGAUAUUGAUCUCACUAUUGAUCAAGCUAAAAUAGAUAAUGUGGACGAUUUCAUUUAUAAGUAUGGGAAGAAACAACCCAGACUUGAAUACUCAAUUCUAAUACCGUUAUUUAUAUCACUUAAAAGCUCAUCUAUGUACGUGAUGUUGAGAGAUUAUCCUUUGCCGCUACUUUCGUUUCCGUCGAAUGAUAAUCCAAAUAAACCAACAAUUAAUUUUUCGGGAAAUUUUGUGAUUAAUGAAAGAUUAGUUCAAGCUAGAGAUGAAAUGAGAUUUAUUUAUGUUCCAUUCUCUCCUGCUGCAAUGACUUCGAGUGACGAGUCUGAUAACUUUUACUCAGUUUUUGUCCCCAGAACCCUCACUCCUGUUAAGGUGAUCCUUAAUAUGCAAUGUGAUUUAGAUACGAAUAGACCAUGUAUGAUAACCUGGUGCAAAUCAUAUUCAGCUGGAUUACUGGCGGCACUGGCAGCAUUCGAUAAAUUUACUAAGCCAAAAAUUGAUUACAGCCCGAUUGGUUGGUGGGAUAAAGUUGCAUUAUUAGUCCAUGGAAAGGCUGUAUUCAACAUAAAUAAUGAAUUAUGCCUUCAUAUGAAGGCAUCUACAAGUCCUUAUGAACUUAUAGGAAGAGCAGCCGGGUUUGUCUUUUGUUGGAAGAAUAAUGUUAGUUUGAGAUUAAAUAAUAAUGGCAAAAGUGAAGACCUUUUAAUGUUAGAUAGCGAUGAUUUUGUUCUUGCAAUACCAAAUUAUUCAUUAGCAGAGAGAAGGUCAUGGAAUUUGUUUUAUGAGCACCAGAGCAUUUACUCUGAAGAAAGUGAUACGUAUUCGAAAAGGUUUAAGAAGAAAGUGAUGCAAUUAACAUCCUCAGGUCGAGUUAGAUGGGUAUUAGGCGCUGCAUUUGAGAGAAAUAAGAAUAAAACCAAUGAUCUAUCUGAUCAACAACCAAGGACAUCGAUAUUUAAACCCCAUUAUGAUGUGCGUGUAACAUCUUCUGACAUGGACUCGUAUGAAGAAUAUCGUUCUGAUUAUAUACAUAUUGCUUUAUCUGUUGUAUCGAAAUCUUCAUCGGGGAAUAGCUAUAAUGCUGCAUAUUUGACUCCAUUAAUAUUUCAUUAUUUUUUUCAUUGGUGGGAUACGUUGACAAAACACACAUCUUUGCCUGUCAAGAGUGGUAGACUUUUUUCGCAAGAACCAGUUGAUAUAUCACACGUAAAGAUGGGAUCCCACAUAUUUACUGUUAAAUAUCAAUUGGUAUUUGAACCACUUUCGAUAUCUCAUCUUUAUAUUCACUCUUCAAGUGGCGAGUUAGAUCAGCAAAGUAAGACGGCUUUUACAGGUCUCAAAGGUAAAUUCUCGACUUGUGCUAUUGACUUACAUCAGAGAAAAGAGCAAAUUCGAUAUGUUAAUGAGAAAUUGAAUAUCAAUAAUAAGGUUUUACAUCUAAAGAUGAAUGAAGGUGGAGUGGAUAUAAAUGAAGCUGAUAUCAGAUUUGUAAAUGCAAUAUUUAACGAGAAAUCUGUGAGGGGUUAUCUAGCUACAUUCAUGAAAGGUUCAAACAGUUCAGACUCGGCAUCCUCGCUGUCACAGAAAUCACUGGAUGAAGAUGUUAAUAAUUUCAGCGAUUGGAUUGAGAAUGUGGACAUAUUUGAUAAUGACAAUUCAUGGAUUGACCCUGCUGAUUACGUUGAAUUACAUCAAAGUGUUCAACCUUCGUCUCACCCAAGUAUCAGAAUAAUGCCUUUUUUUUUCAGUCCAAAAUUCACCUAUUUCAGAGAAUUUUCUCUCCACGAGAAUGGACCAUUCCCAUUCGGUAAGGAAAUAUUUCAUAAAUGUAUAAUAGGGUUAGAGAAACCGGAAAGAACUCAAGCGAUAUUACUCACCGAAAGAAAAAAGAAUGUUGAAAGGGAGAUACAAGUGCACGAGGAACAACUCCCUGGAUUGGAGCCUUCAGAUUCAUCCGAAACACUUAAUGAUGACAUAGAGAGAAUUAAGGAAGACAUCGAAAUAUGUAAGGAGAAAUUAAAUAUAAUAGAAUCAAUCAAACAAAACCUUCCAGAUAUGACCGGAAACUCUAAUACAAAUUUAAAUUUGGAAGAAAACUUGUCUGCUGAAUCUGAAGAAUCAACCAAGUCUUCAAGUACGAAUUAUAAUAACAUGAAGGAAAUGAAUAAUUCGAAUGCAUCGGUAAGCGAAUUUCACAAUAGAUUUGUUAUUCACAAUCCACAACUAAAAUGGCACAAUGAUUUGAGAGACUUAUUUAUGGAAUACAUAAAGAGAGUUGGUGAUAGAAAAUCACAAGUAUAUUUCAUGAGUAAAAAAGCUGUUGAUUUGGCGGAGACUUUCAUCAAUGCAAGAAGAGAAGAAGACGAAGUCGAAGAAGAAGAGAAAGGAUCCAAUACGAAUAAUUCUGCAGAGAGCAUAUUUAGCAGAGAAUACAAAACCGGGGAAGAAAUCCUUAAAAAUUUUAACCAGCAGCUAAAUGAGAUUCACAAUAACGAUCAGGAAGUAGAAGACAAGUAUUUGAUCAAACUUAUCCACCCUCAGAUUCAAUUAGUAAGCGAGAAAGAUAUCAAUGCAUGUAUUUUAGUAACGUCAACAGAUGUGGAACUAAGAGUAGUUUCAAUUAAUGUCAAGGGCAUGAACGACGUGUUAAGUGAGAAUAAUGGUGUUGGUAAAUUAGUUGAAUCCAGGUACGGUGUAUCUUUUAAAGAUUCGCAUGUAUUUGCGUUUAAAAAAACAGAAGCUUCUGUCAUCGGCUCUGACGUACCCUACGGCUCUAAAUUUUCUGAUGUUAAUUGGCCUCCAUGGUUGGAACCUGAAACUUGUUACGAGAGCUCAUGGCUAAAGGAUCAGCUAGUAGUAGAGAGAACUUCAAUGUCAUUAUUAUUUAUGAAACCCAACCAUUUGGUAGCAAGUGAUUGCAAAGCAACAAUACAGAAUAACGAGGUGUCGUUGCAUGUAUCGAAACUUGUCAUUACUGCAAAUUCUGAACAAUAUUCUACACUUUACUAUGUAAUUACAGAUCUUUUACUGCAUGUGAACACACAAAGAGAUACUUUACUUAACAGAUUGGAUAAAAUUGUUUCUUUAUCAGAUAUUAAAGAGUUUGAUGGAUUAGACAUUAGAAUCAAGGAGUUACAGGAUAAUAUAAGAACAUAUUUAGAUAUUCUUUUGAAAUUGAAUCAGAGAGAUAUUCUUUUGGAUAACGAGCAGAAAGAACAAUCAAGAGCAAUGGAAGUAGAAUUGGAGAGGAUGAAUAUUGAAUUAUUUGUUUUGAUGAAUGGCUUGGGCGUUAAGAGCUCAAAGAAUCAAGUCAACAACAAACAGACUGCAAGAUUGUUAACGGUUGAGGCCGACCAGAUAAUUUGGCACCUUUUGAAUGAAGAUAAGAAGCCUUUUAUUGAUUUCGCUUUAGCUAAAUGCAGGUUCAUUAGAGUAGAUUCAGUUGACGGUGCGAAUAUUAAUAAGGCAGAGGUAUCCAUGGCGCAAGGGUUCAAUUUGCAGAAGGAUGCUAUGUAUCCGGAACUUUUGACGCCCCACUUAGACUUAAAUGAUCAUACAAUACCAGAUUGCAAUAAAGAUAGUCCAGUUUUGAGUACUACAUGGAAAAUGUUGAACCAUAUUGGAGGUAUACCCAUUAUGCAAGAUGCAAAAGUUGAGGUCCAGCCUUUGAAAGUACAAUUGGAUUACCAUUCAACCAAAAAGUUGUUUGAUUACCUAUUUCCUAAGACUGAGGUUAGUGCUGAAGAUGAGGAAACCGAGAUGCUUGAAUUUAACGAAGAGAUAAAGAAUUAUGGAGAUACUAAGAAGCGGACAACGAACCCAUUUAAGAAGCUCAUCAAUAAAGAACGAAACGUACUGGUUGAAAGUAUCCUCAAAGACUCGGAUACUAUUGGCUCAAGUAAUUCUGAUACAGCGUCUACUGCUGUUUCGUCAUCCGACGAUAUUGUAUUUGGAACUGACACAACACAUGACACUGCCAAAUCGAUAAGGGAGAGAACUUCCACUGAUAUGGAUAAUGAUACAGUGGAUGACAUUUCUAUUAUUAUGAAUAGAUCAUCGAAGUAUGUGUCUAUUGUUAACCUUGAAAUUUCUAGGGUGAGGCUGUCGAUUAGUUUCAAUGCACCGAAACACUUGAGUAUUCUCAACGUUCGCGAUUUAGCUUUAACUAUACCAACAUUAAGAUAUAGGAACAAGAUGUGGUCAGCAGAGGAAUUUGUACUCAGAUUGAGAAAAGACAUUAUUAAAAUCAUAUUGAAUCACACAGGAAAGAUCUUAGGUAACAAGUUCAAGCCUACGAAGAAGAAGCCCAAACUAGCACCUUUAAAGCAAAUAUCAAAUUAUGCCUCAUUUAUAACUUUGCAAGAUUUACAGCUGAAGGAUGAAGAGGAGCUGGAAGAGGAAGUCACACUGGAUAUUUCGAGUCAUAAACUGAAUAAAACUAAUGGUAAGGACUCCUGGGGUAAAACCCAGUUAGAUACUAUAGUUGAUCAUGAUAAGUCAGAGAGCUCCUUUUAA